AUGCCACCAAGAUCGGAGGAAGAACUUGAUCCAGUAACGUUACACAAUCAAGCACUGAUAAGCAUGGACACUGCACCGUCCGAUGGUUUUGCGAAGCUACAAUAUUUGCUAAGUCAAAAUCCAUUUCCACCAGAGACGUUUAGCAAUUUGCUUCUUCUCUAUUGUAAAUAUGAGGUACAUUUGUGCGCUGAAAAUAUUUACUAUUACGACUUAGCGGCUGAUGUACUUGCUGAAAACGCUCAUCUCACAUAUAAGUAUCUUACACAGUACCUAUAUGACUAUUUGGAUGCGAUAAUCACGCAGGUGACUUCUCCUAUGGAUGCAUUCAACAAAUUUGAGGCAAUCGCCAACGAGCAAGUCAACGAGCUACGUAAACUGACCAAACUUAUACACGCAGCACUUUUUCAUCUGCUAGCAAAGAAAGAAGUACUCAAGGGUAGUAGUACAAACAGCAGGAAAUUCGCCAAGGAAGCGACGAACAAGCGCUUAGAAAAUCUGUUGAAGCAUACGAUGAUACGAUGGCCAAGUAAGAGUUAUGAAGAUCAGCCUGGCUCGCAGCAUUUAGAUCAUCAGCACGUCUCUGUUGGAACUGCUCACAUCCGCUUUGAAGCAUUUCAGCAUUGA